AUGUUCCGGGUUGUGUUGAAUCAUGUGGAUGAUCAGCGAUUGUAUGUGAAUGUCCGGUAUACGUCGGAUGACAGUCUCCGGGUUGUACUCGCCACGACGGUAACUGAGCAUCUGCGAGAAGUCAAAGAUGGGCAGACCCUCCAAGAACAGCUCGGCAAUGACACAGCCCAGCGAGAAGAUGUCCAUUUUGUUGGUGAGUUCGCCGUCUGCCGGUGGACCGCGGUUCGACUCGUAGAAACGCUCCGGUGCCAAGUAGCAGGUACGUCGACCGCUAAUAUCAAAGUAGAACGAGAAGUCCGCUGGAUUGUCUUCCGGGAUGAACGUUGGUUUGUAACAAGCGAAAUCCGAGAGGUAUAUCCAGUUGGUGGUUGUGAUCAUGACAUUCUCGCACUUGAUAUCACCGUGACAGAUUCCCUUGAAGAACGCCUGAUUCAACGAUUGCAACAAUUGAAAAGCAAUGAACUUCUUCUCUAUCAGCGAGAGGAAUGGACGUGUACUAGUCAAUCGGUCAUAUAA